CGCCGACGCUGCUGCCUCCCGCGGCGCAGCAUAAAAAUGGGGAGCGGCGGCAUCCGUAACGCCAGGCCCUCCUCCUGGCUCGCCGCCGUGGCCGCCGCUGCCGCACCACCAAUCGCCCACGCCGUCCUCCUCACCUCCGGCCACCUCUCCUCCCGUGCCUCCGCCAACUCCCUCCUCCGCGUCGCCCCCUGCUCCUCCGCCUGCGCGCUCAUCCUCCGCCUCCUGCUGCUCCACCGCCUCCGACCCGACCACAUCUCCCUCUCCUUCUCCCUGCACGCCUGCGCCCGCGUCGUCCCCACCACCAGCCGCUACCCGCUCACGGUCACGGGCCUCCUCCACUCGCUCGCCCUAAGGCUUGGCCACGCCCGCGACGUCUACGUCGCCAACGCCGCCGUAUCCUCCUACUUCGCCGCCUCCGACGUCGCCUCCGCCGACCGUCUCUUCGCGGAGGUCUCCACCGACGUCGCCGACGUCGUCACCUGGACCACAAUGGUCACCGGCCACGCCAGUGCCGGCGGCCUGGGCCGGGCGAGGCACUUCUUCGACGCCAUGUCCGAGCGGAACGUCGUAUCCUGGAACGCGAUGCUGAGCGCGUACGCCCGCGCCGGGAUGCUCACCGAGGCGCGGGACCUGUUCGACGCGAUGCCUACCAGGAACGCCGCCACCUGGAGCUGCAUGAUCAGUGGCCUCGUGCUGUCGGGACGCUGCUGGGAGGCGCUGGGGCUCUUCGGUGACAUGGUCCACAGCAGCGGCAUCGUGCCGAACGAGCCCGCGCUGGUGAGCGUGGUCUCGGCGUGCGCCCAGAUGCGGUCACUGGAACACGGCGCGUGGGUGCACGCGUACGCCGAACAGGAGCUGCAGGGGGCGAUGAGUGUUGUCCUCGCCUCCGCUAUCAUCGACAUGUACGGGAAAUGUGGGGGUAUCCACAGUGCCAUCAGGGUGUUUGCUGCCAUGCCCAUGAGGAACAUCUACUCCUGGAACGCGAUGAUCACUGGGCUCGCGAUGAAUGGUGGCGAACGACAGGCCCUGUCGCUCUUAUGGAAGAUGCAGAUGGUUGGCGUUCAACCAAAUGACAUAACUUUCAUCGGGUUGCUGAGCGCUUGCACCCACUCUGGUCUUGUGAAUGAGGGCCGCCGGUUGUUUGACAGUAUGAUCGAGGACUUUGGGAUACAGCCAUUCCCACAACAUUAUGGUCUUAUGGUUGAUUUGAUUGGCCGCUCUGGUCGUGUCAUGGAGGCCUUGUAUUUCGUCAAGAGCAUGCCCGUGGAGCCACACCCUGGCUUAUGGGGCGCACUAGCUAGCGCCUGCAAGAUGCAUGGCAAGGUCGAGCUUGGUGAGGAGGUUGCCAAGAAGCUCAUUGAACUGGAGCCUCGCCAUGGCAGCCGAUACAUCCUGCUGUCAAACUUGUAUGGCUCUGUGAAUAGAUGGGAUGACAUGGCCUCUGUGCGUAAGAUCCUCAAAAGGCGCAAGGUGCCCAAAGGCACUGGCAAUGCAGUGGUUGGGAUGACAUCGGCAUCCUGUAUGUCGAAUGGUUGAAUGCACUCUCGAUAGUGAUAUGUACAAAUUUGGGACUACUUUUCAUUGAUAGGGGCAUUAAGAUUUUUGCAACGAUUGGAACUGCGGCCAAUGAGAAUUAUGAGAUCGAUGAAGCCUAGAGGAGAAUGGGGCUGAAAAAAGAACUUCUCAAAUAUAAAUGUUUGGUUGAUAUGUCAUCAUAUGCCACCUAAUUGUUUGAACAACACUCAGUAAUUGCAUUUACUGGGAGUGGAAGUGCAAGAAACUAGCAAGAAGUGCAGACUGAUGCGUGAAUACUGAUCAAAGGGGGCUGGAACUCGAGAACAAUGAGUGGUGUAGUAUGAUCAGUUCAGAGUUAGGCAAUUCAGUUAGUGCAAGGAUAUUUCAAAUUAGUUACCCGACCUCUUUUUUUUAUUGCAUAUUGAUAUCUAGAAUAAGAUCGAUCCAAAUCACUUGAAUGCUAAUUUUGUC